GCAGUGCGUGGGUGGUUUGGAAGAGGCGGCGGAUAGAAACUAGCCACUAAAUUCUUCUGCUGCUCUGUCGUUCGCUGCAGACUUUACGUAUAUACUUUCAUUGCGGAGAUUAAACUAACGUCCGUGGGCGUGGCGUUUGGCUGGAGCAAGGAGUCUGGGUAGCAAGGCAAGGUAGACACCUCAAAGUCUCAACUGACAGUCUGAGCUGAGGCUCAUUUAAAAUGACAAAGUAGAUGAUCGUCAAAACGAAACGGGAACACAAUACCAACAGAAGGAUAAUUUGAACACAUUUUGAGAAACUUCAAUGCCAGCUGUGCUUGACCAACCAAGACGAAAAGAUAGUAUUGAGAUAUGUUGAGGAGAAUUGCAGCAUCUUCUCGGCUCAAUAUGGGACUACAGUUGUCAGUUGUGGCAGCCUAAUUUGCCUUAUCAAUUAUUCUUAUUACACUGCUGUUUUCGGUCAGUGGAGAGGAAUAGGGAACAUAAAAGUAAUAGCCUACUCAAAGCACGGUGACUUCAACGUGCGCAGCAGGCAAAGUAAGUACAAAUAGGAUUGGGGAGAAUGCCCAAAAGGGAUUCUUCGCGCAAUGGAAUUAGAGUUGAAAAACACGUAAACCAAGCCAAGUACGCAUAUUUGUCCUUCCCAAAGGUUGCUGGAAACUAUUCAACUGCGUUGUUUUUGACCGUCGGGAUGUUGUGAGAGACCCACUGUUUGGGACGGCGGAAACUGAGAGCGAAGAAGGUAGCCUAAAAAGAACGAGGAACAGUGGGAUUAUGGCUCUCGCAACGGUUUCUCUUUGUCUAAUAGCGCUCGCCUUUACAAACUUGCACCUGACGCGAGCCAACGACCGACAUGCCGUCUAUUGGAACAGCUCAAAUUUACAUCUACGGAGGGAGGGCUACACAGUGCAGGUGGCAGUGAACGACUACCUGGACAUCUACUGCCCGCAUUACAACACUACCGCCACUAGCCAGCGGGGGACGCUGGAGCGCACAGUGGCUGAGCAGUACGUCCUCUACAUGGUCAGCUACCGCGGCUACCGCACCUGCGACCCCCAGAUGGGCUUCAAGCGCUGGGAGUGCAACCGGCCGCACGCGCCCCACGCACCCAUCAAGUUCUCUGAGAAGUUCCAGCGCUACAGUGCCUUCUCCCUGGGCUACGAGUUCAACGUGGGUCACGAGUACUACUACAUAUCCACGCCCACCCAUCACCACGGCCACAGCUGCCUGAGACUGAGAGUCUACGUCUGCUGCUCCACAGUCUCCCACGAUGAUGAUUCCAGUCAGACCCCUCCUGACUACACAUUCAGGCCCAAUAUCAAAAUACACAACAUCGAUGAAUUUAACCCUGAAAUUCCCAAACUGGAGAAGAGCGUCAGUGGCAGCAGCCCAUCACGCGAUCGCCUUCUGCUCACCGUGGCAACAUUGCUCAUCUCCGCCCUUCUGGUGUCCUAACAACUGUCUCCCAGAGUGACAUCACAUGGAUACCUGGACCGCUUGGCCUGAAGGGCUCUUUAUUCACUAACCAUGGGUUCAAUUAAAAAGUGGGAGUAAACCAAGGAAAUGACACAUAAUUCAACCAAAAAAAAGCCAGAAUUACAAUCAAUUCGACACAACCAUAAAAAACAGUACUUACUCUCGGAUCGUACUCACUUCAGGAGAGGCCUUUAAAAUCUGUCGUUUUGCCCUUGAGCCAGGCAGUUAAUCCCCUAAAACAACUGCUCCCCAGGUACCGAUGACGUAGAUUAAGGCAGCCCCCUGCACCUCUCUGAGUCAGGGUUGGGGUUAAAUGCGACUGACUAGGUAUCCCCUUUCACUUUCCUUUCCCUUUUUCAAGUCUAUCUCAACUCACCUCUAAUCACCGUUGGUACACAGUUUGAGCGACAUGAUGUCUUCGGGUUCAUGCGUUGUCAGACAUACACUAUGUGCAUAUGUGCCACUGCAUUUCAUGCAUUUGGUAUGCCACCACAAGGUCCAAUAGGAGAAAAUGGCAUUCAGACUUAUAGACAUGAUACUUCCAUCAUACCUAGGCUGCCUCUGGCUACACAUAUGCAGUUAAAGUAGGACAUGUGCAGUGGGAUUUGUAAUGGGAUGUACACAACCAUACAGGCGUAUGGCUGCCUGUCCAUCUGCUAAGGAACUCACAUGACAUUGCCUUCAGCUAGUCCCAAUAUGGAGAACCUUUGAGCUCUGUGGAGUAGGAUGGACUGGGCUCCACUGAGCAUGACCAAUAGACUGGGGACUGUAGGCCUCCAAUGGGCUUUGAGGACUGGACUCAGCUGGACUUGGCUGUGCUGCAGUACUGUGGACCAUGCUGGACUCUGCCUGAGAUUCGCUGUACUGUGCUAUGCCAUAUACUUGCAGCCAUUUCUCUACACUGCUGCCAUUCUACCGGAUGUUAACCCAUCUUUUACUGUCAUUGGUGGUGUUGACUGGAAAUAUUUUGAGAAAAUCUCUAUAAGGCUUUCGCGUACCAUUAUCCAUCUCCUCCAGAUAUUCUCUGACCUUGGCUUUGUGGUGCAUAGAAAGGUCCAAAGGCCAAAAAAGACGGUGCCCUCAAAGAACUGGUCCUAGAUCUGUCCUAGAUCUGAGACUCUGGACCUUUGCUUUUAGAGCUUUUCCAGAAGCACACAUCGGUGUUUUUGCUAUAUACAUUUAUCCAUUUACCCAACACUUUGAAUAGGUUCCAGGUACCAACAUUUUAUCAAUAGUCAACAGAGUGGUUUCUAAUACCACAAAUUACAAUAUGAAACAUUUCACAACAACAAAUUCCCUAUAAAUCCAGACCUGAUUUAUUUAAAAAAAUUCCCAUCACUUUUAAAGGUUCCUGAAUCAGGGCUGGUCAUUAUUUCAAUCCCAGCCACCGUGGUAACGACCCAAUACAGUCGCCAGAGUGCCACAGGUGCCUGACUGUGAUUUGUGUCACAGAUUACUUUAGCCGCCAUUUUGUAAACAUGUGUGAAUGUGCAAACAGACAGCAGUCCUCUGAUGUACUGUUUUAUACUAUAAAGUCGGACAAUAUCAGGAUUGCAUUAUCGAUUAACAUUUUCAUUUUUUAAGCACGUUACUUAUUGAUUUGCUUGUUUAUUUAUGUACAUUUUCAAGUAUUUUUUUCAUUAAGCUACUGUGCCAAACUCUAAUUUUGUUUUGCUAAAGCAUUUGCUUCUGUUAAGUCCAGUACAUGGAUAUGUGCCGGUUAAGACUAUUGAGGAGAGAUGUAAAACUCUUCUUCUCACUUGUUAAAAAGCAUCACUUUUAACCGUAAAAUGUAUGGCAACAGCACGGUACAGGUGAUACCGGAUAAAAGACGUCACCUCUUAAAGUGCUGAAGUUAAAAAUUUUGACACAAGAAAUGAGGAUAGUGCAUUGUAAUGUGACUGUAUAUGCAUACAGGUAGGGACAGAAUGUAUGUGUGUGUGUGUGUGUGUGUGUGUGUGUGUGUGUGUGUGUGUGUGUGUGUGUGUGUGUGUGUGUGUGUGUGUGUGUGUGUGUGUGUGUGUGUGUGUGUGUGUGUGUGUGUGUGUGUGUGUGUGGGUGGGUGGGAGAGAGAGAGAAAAGGCAUAUCCUUGCACAUUUGUGUGAGUUAUGUAUGUAUUAGGAGUGUGAUUGUCCGCGCUUUUGAGUAUGUGUGCAUUUUAGACUUUUGGUAUUCGUUGAAGGACUUGUUUGUAGGAUCUGAAUAUGCAAGCGUGUAUGAGAGAGAGAGAGAGAGAGAGAGAGAGAGGGAGUGUGUGCUUCAGUAAUGUUAGUUUAUGUUAGGAUUUUUAAAAAGCAUUUACUAACGUUGGAGACAACAAUAAUUGUGUUUACCUUUGACAAGAAUAAAUUAAAAAACAUGUCAACUGAACUAAGAAUGAUGAUUGUUAAAAUAAUGACAAUAAAAAUCUUGCUUUUAGCAAAAGUCUUCAUACAUGUAUAUCCUAAAUGAAUUUGUUUAGUUGCUACGUUGUUUCGUCAGGAACAUUCUGUAUAAGAAUGUUCUCCACUUAUAUUUAUUAUCCUUCUUUGCUCUUCUUCUAUCUCACCUGCACCUACCCUUGCCCUUCCCUUUCUCUUUCAGUUUGCAUUUAUAUGUUUACCUUCCCUUUCUGUUUGGUCCUUGUCUGUCCCUGUUAAGAUCUUGCUCCCCCUGUCCCUCACACUAUAUUAUACUAAUUUAAAGUAUCCUACAUAUUAGGGCUGCACAAUUAUUUUUUUAUUUUUUAUUAUUGCGAAAUUGACGUGCAACUUCUUCAUAUACACUGAGCAAAAAUAUAAACACAACAUGUAAAGUGUUGGUCCCAUGU